AUGUCCACCUCCGCCCCGGUUACUCGCCACGAGACCAAUACCACCGAACCCACUUCACAGCACGGCAAGAUGGCCACCAGUGACGUUGAAUGCGCCAUGCAACCAGAGUCCAAGCUCGAGAUGGGUUCGAGCAUCGAGGUUCCGGAAGAAGGCACCAUCAUCGACAACUAUGUCGCGCCCCAAUCACUCAAGAGCUUCCUCAAAAGUCUGGCGACUGCUGGAGUUGAAUUACGUGGACUCGAGCCAGUCCCGCUUCACGAGAGAACGCAUACCAGAUACUACAACAUCUUCACGCUUUUUGGUGGUAGCUUUAUUUCAUUGUUACCGAUUUCGAUCGGGACAACGCCAACCUUGGUCUUUGGUCUAUCGUUCAGCCAUGCAGCAGCCAUGAUUGUGACAAUGCAAUUCAUAUUCAUUAUGCCCACCCUUUAUAUCAUCACCCUUGGUCCGCUACUUGGCAUGAGACAGUCUGUCCAGUUUCGUUAUGUCUUUGGAAAAUAUCCAAAUAUAUUCUUCUGUCUGAUUGUCGUCGUUGAAAUCGGUAUAUUCGGUAUCCUGGCUGCAGUUGGAGGUGCUGAAUGUUUGGCCGCAGUCAGACAGGGCACUCUUCCCGUGGAAGGAGCCAUAGCCAUCAUCAUGGCUACUGCAAUCCUCAUCAGCUUCUUCGGGUACAAAUGUCUCCAUAUGGUCUGUCAGUACAUUUGGAUCCCAAAUACCAUUUGCAUCUUAAUCCUGGUCGGCUGUGCUGGCAAAGGCCUGCAAAAUCAGGUCGUUCCGGUAUCGACCGGUAGUGCGGGUCCAUAUUUAUCGACUCUGGCAAUCUGUGCUGCCAAUAUGGCUACCUGGGGAACCAUUGUUGGUGACUAUUCAUGCUAUAUGCCUCCCACGGCUCCAAGAAAGCGACUGGCGCUGUACUGUUUCCUGGGCCUGUACGUCCCUUUCACCUUGAUGAUGUUGCUUGGUGCUGCCAUUGGUGGUGCGAUCCCGACCAACGAAACCUGGCUCGCGGCAUAUGGCACAGGCAGUUUCGGUGGAGUUUGUGCUGAAAUACUAAUCUCCCGAGUUGGAAACUUUGGACGCUUCCUCCUGGUUGUUCUUGGCUUCUCCAUCGUCACCACCUCGGCGCGAGACAUGUACAGUAUUUCCAUCUUCGUUGUUGGCAUCGUUCCGUGGUUGCACAGGGUUCCACGCAUCCUUCUGUUGUUCUUAGUUGCGGGUGCCAUGAUCGGGAUCGGUAUUGCAGCCUCGCGGUCCUUCUUGCCCAGUCUCACUGCUCUGGUCAGCAUUGCGGGCUAUAUCACUGGGCCAACAAUUAGCAUCUUUCUGGUCGAGUGGUUUUUGUUCCGGAAAAGCGAUCCCAACAGUAUGGAUCCGGCAAUCUGGAACAACCGCAAAGCCCUGCCAUCUGGAUUCUCGGCACUGGUUGCAUGUACUGUGCCAUGGGUGUUGAUUGUUCUCUCCAUGGCAACAACGUGGUACGUGGGACCCAUAGCCAAGCAGUCCGGAGAUUUGGCAUAUUUGCUCGGCGCAGCAUCGUCAAUCUUGAUAUACAUUCCCUUGCGAGCAACCGAGAUCAGAUACCGAGGCCGGCUGUAG